UGUAACAUAGGCACAGCGAAAAUCCUAGGACAAUCGACGCUCAACACGGGCACACAUGUAACACAAACAUAAGCGACUUAAUCUAGUUCUUGUUCUUUCCUCUGUAAGCCAAACAUGACUCUACAAACCGCUCUCUGUGGUUCCAAUAUUUCAUCCUUCAUCUGUCCGUCAAGACGCAGAACCAGAACCGCCCGACACCGUCCUGCGACUCUAAUUCGAUGCCGAGUGGAGCCGUCUGAGAAGUCUGUUGAAAUAAUGAGGAAAUUCUCUGAGCAGUAUGCAAGAAAAUCUGGGACCUACUUUUGUGUGGACAAAGGUGUGACUUCCGUUGUUAUUAAGGGAUUGGCAGAUCAUAAAGAUUCAUUGGGUGCACCUCUUUGUCCAUGCCGGCAUUAUGAUGACAAAACUGCUGAAGUGCAACAGGGCUUUUGGAACUGUCCAUGUGUUCCAAUGAGAGAAAGGAAGGAGUGCCACUGCAUGCUUUUUCUCACUCCAGAUAAUGACUUUGCUGGCCAAGAUCAGACCAUUUCCUUGGAUGAAAUCAGAUCAUCAACGGAAAAUAUGUGAUGACUAUGUACUAAGUUACAUGUUGAAAGAGUCAUCUCUUAUAUUUGGCCAAAGAAAAGUAAACAAUUUCCUAGGAAGACCAUGUUCUUGAAUGAAAUCAUGGGAGGAUGAAAUAUAUGUGAUGCAUAAUGUAUUGGGUCUAUUUUAUUAGACAAUCUUCUCCUUUAUUGGCCAAAGAAGAAAGAUAAAACAAACGAUCCCUCAUCGUUUGUAUGUAUAUUUGUAGUAUACUUGUGAACCACACUAUCUUUUUGUUCCCUUUUACUCUGAGAUCUUCAGCCUGGAAUUUCCCUUGUCCCCACUGUAUUUUGCUUACUUGACAGAGUAUAUCUGGAUUCUUUCUGGGUA